GCAAUCAUGAAUGAAAACGUUUUUUACUUGGUGUGUUUGCUAUAUAUAAAACAGUCUGUUGUAAUGUCUGUAGACAUCACCUACCACGUCAAGGAAGAAGACAGACCUCACACCUAUAUAGGAGACAUUGCUGUUGACUCCAACUUAUCACACCCUCUCAAACAUGAGCAACGCGCUCUCAUUACACUUACACAACUACAAAGGACAGUCGAGAGUGGUUCUCACUUAUUUAAUGUCACCAACUCAGGAAAACUAUACACUACUCAAACACUGGAUGCUGAGUCUCUGUGUACAUACAACAAGGAAUGUUCCAGAAUAGUUAAAGUAGCAGUGAGGAAAGGAAAAACUUUCAUGAAGAUUUUGAAGGUGAAAAUAAUAAUAGAAGACAUCAAUGACUAUUCUCCAGAAUUUACGGAUGAUGAAAUAGGUAUCAAGUUUGCAGAAGAUAGUCUGAAAGGAAAUCAGAAAAAAAUUCCAUAUGCUAUAGACAGAGAUAUUACCAUCAUGAAUUCCCAAAUUUCAUAUAACAUAAAAUAUCAUAAAAGAGAACCAUUUUCUUUGUAUAUGGCAAAAGAUAAUGAUGGUGUUUUUACACCUGAACUGACUUUAGAAGACAAAUUAGACAGGGAAGUAAAAGAUUUGUAUAUAUUGACCUUAGAGGCUAAAGAUGGUGGGAACCCUCCCAGAACAGGUACACUCAAGGUACGCAUAUCUGUGACAGAUGUUAAUGAUAACACACCUGUAUUUUCACAGAAACUCUAUAAUAUCUCUAUAAAUAAUUCACAUCAAAGACAUUUACCAAUUCUUACUUUAAAAGCCACAGAUCAAGAUUCUGGAGACAAUGGAAAGAUUUCUUACCAUUUCAACCAUAAAACAUCUCAAAAUAUCCAGAAAUAUUUUGUAUUGGAUAAGAAAACUGGAGAUUUAUUUUUACAUGAUAAUUUUUACUUUAGUAAGAUGCAGUCUUUAUUUAUAGAAGCAAGAGAUGGUGGGAAUCCACCUCUAACGUCGGUAGCCAGAAUUCACAUUUAUGUAAUUAAUAACCAAAACAAUGUUCCGUUGAUAAAUAUAGAUUUUGUGUCUCCUUUAACAGAGAGUUCCACUGCAGUUUCAGAAGACAGUGAAGUAGAUAGUUUUAUAGCUUAUGUUAUGGUCACUGACAAUGAUAGUGGACCUAAUGGUGAGGUUAUCUGUGAUUUAAAACAUGAUAAAUUUAAACUUGCCAAAAUAGAUUCUAAAGAAUAUAAGAUAAUUAUUAAGGGCCAUCUUGACAGAGAAAUAAGGGACCACUAUAAAGUAUCUAUUGUGUGUCAUGACAUGGGGUCACCUCAACUAGAAAGUAAAAAAUAUUUCUCUGUCAAAGUAACUGAUGUCAAUGAUGUAGAACCACAUUUUACCAAAGAGACAUUCCAAUUCCUCACCUAUGAAAACCAGAAAGUUGACUUCCCUAUUGGCUUCAUCAAUGCUACAGACCCUGAUCUUGGAGAUGGAGGCCAACUUACAUAUUCUAUCAUCAAUGAUAACAACAAUGAUAACAUUCCUUUCCAACUGACAAAAUAUGGAUUUAUUUCUACAUCACAACCAAUAGAUCGAGAAAUGAAAGACAUCUAUAAGUUCAAGGUUUUAGUGAAAGAUAAUGGAACACCUUCUCUCAAUGACACUGCCAAUAUUGUUAUUGAGAUUCUAGAUAAAAAUGAUAAUGCUCCGUAUUUUACGUUUCCUAAUAAUGACCCUUACAAUCUCGAUGUCCACUACCAUCCACACAGUAAGAAGGACAUCACAAUUCUGAGAGCAUCUGACAAAGACACUGGAAACAAUGCUUUCCUCACAUAUGGAAUACUGAGAUCCAAUGAUAAAAACCUGUUUACAGUGAACUCACACACUGGUGUGUUUUCUUUCUCUCGCACAGUUUACCAAAAUGAUGCAGGAACAUAUGAGCUGCAGUUUAUAGUGAAAGACGGUGGUACUCCAGUUCAAUCAGCAACAACUGCUAUCAUACUAACACUGUUUGUUAGUAAUGAUACAUCUCCAAUGUUGACUGCUGUGCCAUUCCAGUCUGGUCACGACCUGAAUAUGACUUGGGUAAUUAUCAUUGUAGCAGCAGCUGUAAUACUAUCUGUGGCUAUUGUAGUGUCCAUAACACUGUGUGUUUUCAGAUGUAUUAAUCACACAAAUAACUCACCCACAACAGCAGAGAAUCCCAACUUUCUCUCUCAGACUGAGAUGAGACAAUUACUGUAUCAGACUAACAAUCCUGUUGCAAUAACGAGAAAUGCAGAAGAGAUAUUUAACCGAAAUCUUCAGACAAUAAAAUCUAAAAGUCAGUUUUUUCUGGAGAUGGAACAGACACCAGAUGAGUGGAAAUUCUCAACAACACAAAGGAGACUUCCACCUGUGCCUCAGAGAUGUGAUUCAAUCCAUAGUCAAGGACGUCGUACCAGUUCCAUCAUGUCUUACAACAGUGACACCUUAACAUCCCAAAAGGACAGAGAAGCUAGCAAGAGUAAUGGCAAGACUAAACCAUAUGAUGAGAUACCUGCAGAACCAGAUAUUACAUACCAUGUCAAGGAAGAAGACAGACCUCACACCUAUAUAGGAGACAUUGCUGUUGACUCCAACUUAUCACACCCUCUCACACAUCAACAACACACUCUCAUUACAUUUACACAACUACAAAGGACAGUCGAGAGUGGUUCUCACUUAUUUAAUGUCACCAACUCAGGAAAACUAUACACUACUCAAACACUGGAUGCUGAGUCUCUGUGUACAUACAACAGGGAAUGUUCCAGAAUAGUUAAAGUAGCAGUGAGGAAAGAAGAAGCAUUUAUGAAAAUUCUCAAAAUAAAAAUAUUAAUAGAAGACAUCAAUGACCAUUCACCAGAAUUUCCACAAAAUGAAGUUGAAAUUGGAUUUUCUGAAAGCGAUAACGACAAAUUAGACAGGGAAAUAAAAGAUUCAUAUAUGUUGACCCUGGAAGCCAAAGAUGGAGGGAACCCACCCAAAACAGCUACACUCAAGGUACAUAUAUCUGUGACAGAUGUCAAUGAUAACAUACCUGUAUUUCCUCAGAAACUUUACAACAUUUCUAUCAAUAAUUCACAUCAAAGACAUUUACCAAUUCUUUCUUUAAAAGCCACAGAUCAAGAUUCUGGACUCAAUGGAAAGGUUUCAUAUUAUUUCAACCAUAAAACAUCUCGAAAUAUUCAGAAAUAUUUUGUAUUAAGUAAGAAAACUGGAGAUUUAUUUUUACAUGAUAAUUUUCAGUUUAGUAAAAUGCAGUUUUAUAAGUUAUUUAUUGAAGCAAGAGAUGGAGGAAAGCCACCCAAAAAAUCUGUUGCAGCAGUUCAGAUUCACGUAGUCAAUAAUCAGAAUAAUGUUCCAUUGAUAAAUAUAGAUUUUGUAUCUCCUUUAUCAGAGAGCUCAGCAGCAGUUUCAGAAGCAAGUAAAAUUGGUAGUUUUAUAGCUUAUGUUAUGGUCACUGACAAUGAUAGUGGACCUAAUGGUGAGGUUAUCUGUGAUUUAAAACAUGAUAAAUUUAAACUUGCCAAAAUAGAUUCUAAAGAAUAUAAAAUGAUUGUUAAGGGCCAUCUUGACAGAGAAAUAAGGGAUCACUAUAAAGUAUCUAUUGUGUGUCAUGACAUGGGGUCACCUCAACUAGAAAGUAAAAAAUAUUUCUCUGUCAAAGUAACUGAUGUCAAUGAUGUAGAACCACAUUUUACCAAAGAGACAUUCCAAUUCCUCACCUAUGAAAACCAGAAAGUUGACUUCCCUAUUGGCUUCAUCAAUGCUACAGACCCUGAUCUUGGAGAUGGAGGCCAACUUACAUAUUCUAUCAUCAAUGAUAACAACAAUGAUAACAUUCCUUUCCAACUGACAAAAUAUGGAUUUAUUUCUACAUCACAAUCAAUAGAUCGAGAAAUGAAAGACAUCUAUAAGUUCAAGGUUUUAGUGAAAGAUAAUGGAACACCUUCUCUCAAUGACACUGCCAAUAUUGUUAUUGAGAUUCUAGAUAAAAAUGAUAAUGCUCCGUAUUUUACGUUUCCUAAUAAUGACCCUUACAAUCUCGAUGUCCACUACCAUCCACACAGUAAGAAGGACAUCACAAUUCUGAGAGCAUCUGACAAAGACACUGGAAACAAUGCUUUCCUCACAUAUGGAAUACUGAGAUCCAAUGAUAAAAACCUGUUUACAGUGAACUCACACACUGGUGUGUUAUCUUUCUCUCGCACAGUUUACCAAAACGAUGCAGGAACAUAUGAGCUGCAGUUUAUAGUGAAAGACGGUGGUACUCCAGUUCAAUCAGCAACAACUGCUAUCAUACUAACACUGUUUGUUAGUAAUGAUACAUCUCCAAUGUUGACUGCUGUGCCAUUCCAGUCUGGUCACGACCUGAAUAUGACUUGGGUAAUUAUCAUUGUAGCAGCAGCUGUAAUACUAUCUGUGGCUAUUGUAGUGUCCAUAACACUGUGUGUUUUCAGAUGUAUUAAUCACACAAAUAACUCACCCACAACAGCAGAGAAUCCCAACUUUCUCUCUCAGACUGAGAUGAGACAAUUGCUGUAUCAGACUAACAAUCCUGUUGCAAUAACGAGAAAUGCAGAAGAGAUAUUUAACCGAAAUCUUCAGACAAUAAAAUCUAAAAGUCAGUUUUUUCUGGAGAUGGAACAGACACCAGAUGAAUGGAAAUUCUCAACAACACAAAGGAGACUUCCACCUGUGCCUCAGAGAUGCGAUUCAAUCCAUAGUCAAGGACGUCGUACCAGUUCCAUCAUGUCUUACAACAGUGACACCUUAACAUCCCAAAAGGACAGAGAAGCUAGCAAGAGUAAUGGCAAGACUAAGCCAUAUGAUGAGAUACCUGCAGGACCAGAAUAUACCAAUGACAAUCCAGUGGCAGCCACAAUACUAAAGGGACAACAAAUACAAGAUACCUAUCUACAGCCAACAUAUGAAAGACAGGAUAUUAUAUACCAUGUCAAUGAAGAAGACAGACUUCACACCUAUAUAGGAGACAUUGCUGUUGACUCUAACUUAUCACACCCUCUCACACAUCAACAACACACUCUCAUUACAUUUACACAACUACAAAGGACAGUCGAGAGUGGUUCUCACUUAUUUAAUGUCACCAACUCAGGAAAACUAUACACUACUCAAACACUGGAUGCUGAGUCUCUGUGUACAUACAACAGGGAAUGUUCCAGAAUAGUUAAAGUAGCAGUGAGGAAAGAAGAAGCAUUUAUGAAAAUUCUCAAAAUAAAAAUAUUAAUAGAAGACAUCAAUGACCAUUCUCCAGAAUUUCCACAAAAUGAAGAAAUCUACAACAUCUCUAUAAGUAAUUCACAUCAAAGACAUUUACCAAUUCUUACUUUAAAAGCUUCAGAUCAAGAUUCUGGAGACAAUGGAAAGAUUUCUUAUCAUUUCAACCAUAAAACAUCUCGAAAUAUCCAGAAAUAUUUUGUUUUAGAUAAGAACACUGGAGAUUUGUUUUUACAUGACAAUUUUCAGUUUACUAAAAUGCAGUCUUAUAAAUUAUUUAUUGAAGCACGAGAUGGAGGAAAUCCACCCUUAAGUUCUUUAACCAAAGUCCAGAUUCACAUUAUUAAUAACCAGAAUACUGCUCCAUUGAUAAAUAUAGAUUUUGUAUCUCCUUUAACAGAGAGUUCAGCAGCAGUUUCUGAAGCAAGUAAAAUUGGUAGUUUUAUAGCUUAUGUUAUGGUCACUGACACUGAUAGUGGACCUAAUGGUGAGGUUAUCUGUGAUUUAAAACAUGAUAAAUUUAAACUUGCCAAAAUAGAUUCUAAAGAAUAUAAAAUGAUUGUUAAGGGCCAUCUUGACAGAGAAAUAAGGGACCACUAUAAAGUAUCUAUUGUGUGUCAUGACAUGGGGUCACCUCAACUAGAAAGUAAAAAAUAUUUCUCUGUCAAAGUAACUGAUGUCAAUGAUGUAGAACCACAUUUUACCAAAGAGACAUUCCAAUUCCUCACCUACGAAAACCAGAAAGUUGACUUCCCUAUUGGCUUCAUCAAUGCUACAGACCCUGAUCUUGGAGAUGGAGGCCAACUUACAUAUUCUAUCAUCAAUGAUAACAACAAUGAUAACAUUCCUUUCCAACUGACCAAAUAUGGAUUCAUUUCUACAUCACAAUCAAUAGAUCGAGAAAUGAAAGAUAUCUAUAAGUUCAACGUUUUAGUGAAAGAUAAUGGAACACCUUCUCUCAAUGACACUGCCAAUAUUGUUAUUGAGAUUCUAGAUAAAAAUGAUAAUGCUCCGUAUUUUACGUUUCCUAAUAAUGACCCUUACAAUCUCGAUGUCCACUACCAUCCACACAGUAAGAAGGACAUCACAAUUCUGAGAGCAUCUGACAAAGACACUGGAAACAAUGCUUUCCUCACAUAUGGAAUACUGAGAUCCAAUGAUAAAAACCUGUUUACAGUGAACUCACACACUGGUGUGUUAUCUUUCUCUCGCACAGUUUACCAAAAUGAUGCAGGAACAUAUGAGCUGCAGUUUAUAGUGAAAGACGGUGGUACUCCAGUUCAAUCAGCAACAACUGCUAUCAUACUAACACUGUUUGUUAGUAAUGAUACAUCUCCAAUGUUGACUGCUGUGCCAUUCCAGUCUGGUCACGACCUGAAUAUGACUUGGGUAAUUAUCAUUGUAGCAGCAGCUGUAAUACUAUCUGUGGCUAUUGUAGUGUCCAUAACACUGUGUGUUUUCAGAUGUAUUAAUCACACGAAUAACUCACCCACAACAGCAGAGAAUCCCAACUUUCUCUCUCAGACUGAGAUGAGACAAUUACUGUAUCAGACUAACAAUCCUGUUGCAAUAACGAGAAAUGCAGAAGAGAUAUUUAACCGAAAUCUUCAGACAAUAAAAUCUAAAAGUCAGUUUUUUCUGGAGAUGGAACAGACACCAGAUGAGUGGAAAUUCUCAACAACACAAAGGAGACUUCCACCUGUGCCUCAGAGAUGUGACUCAAUCCAUAGUCAAGAACGUCGCACCAGUUCCAUUAUGUCUUACAACAGUGACACCUUAACAUCCCAAAAGGACAGAGAAGCUAGCAAGAGUAAUGGCAAGACUAAACCAUAUGAUGAGAUACCUGCAGAACCAGAAUAUACCAAUGACAAUCCAGUGGCAGCCACAAUACUAAAGGGACAACAAAUACAAGAUACCUAUCUACAGCCAACAUAUUUUGAAAUUGAUCGAAACAAAAGCAAUGUAUUCCAACAGAAAUACGGUAACAAAAGAGAGAAAUUCCAACCAACAAGACACAAUAAAAGUCUGCAUUAUUCAAGCUGUCAACAUUCUGUCAUCAUUUCUGGUUUAUUAUAUUCAGGAUUACUUUAUCAAGUAUAUUCAUCUAUUUGUGAGACUGUAGAAUCAGAUUUGAAGCAUGGAAAAUGGACAUUAGAUAAUGCUGAUGACAAUGAGUCCACUGCCGCCACCAACAAUGACGACUAUGGUGUUGGUGAUGAUGAAGUACUUCUCUUAAAUAUUACAUACUAUGUCAAGGAAGAAGGCAGACCUCACACCUAUAUAGGAGACAUUGCUGUUGACUCCAACUUAUCACACCCUCUCACACAUCAACAACACACUCUCAUUACAUUUACACAACUACAAAGGACAGUCGAGAGUGGUUCUCACUUAUUUAAUGUCACCAACUCAGGAAAACUAUACACUACUCAAACACUGGAUGCUGAGUCUCUGUGUACAUACAACAAGGAAUGUUCCAAAAUUGUCAAAGUAGCAGUGAGGAAAGAAGAAACUUUUAUGAAGAUUCUAAGGAUAAAAAUAUUAAUAGAAGACAUCAAUGACCACUCACCAGAAUUCCCAAAGAAUGAAGUUCAAAUUGAAUUUCUUGAGAGUCACCUUCAAGGUACUAAAAUCUCACUUUUAAAUGCCAUUGAUCAAGAUAUUUCAAUACAGAAUUCACAAAUAACAUAUAUGAUUAAGAAAAGUAAAAGAGAACCAUUUUCUCUCUCAGUUGAAAAGCGAUAUGAUGGUGUUUUCAUACCAGCUCUAGUUUUAGGAGACAAAUUAGACAGGGAACUCAAAGAUUCAUAUAUGUUGACUCUGGAAGCUAAAGAUGGAGGAAACCCUCCCAAAACAGCUAUACUCAAGGUACACAUAUCUGUGACAGAUGUCAAUGAUAAUGUACCUGUAUUUUCACAGAAACUUUACAACAUCUCUAUAAGUAAUUCACAUCAAAGACAUUUGCCAAUUUUUACUUUAAAGGCCACAGAUAAAGAUUCUGGAGACAAUGGAAAGAUUUCUUACCAUUUCAACCACAAAACCUCUCGAAAUAUCCAGAAAUAUUUUGUAUUAAAUAAGAAGACUGGAGAUCUGUUUUUACAUGACAGCUUUCAAUUUAGUAAAAAGCAAUCAUAUAAAUUAUUUAUUGAAGCACAGGAUGAAGGAAAUCCACAUUUAAGUUCUGUAACCAAAGUCCAGAUUCACAUUAUUAAUAACCAGAAUAAUGCUCCAUUGAUAAAUAUAGAUUUUGUAUCUCCUUUAUCAGAGAGCUCAGCAGCAGUUUCAGAAGCAAGUAAAAUUGGUAGUUUUAUAGCUUAUGUUAUGGUCACUGACACCGAUAAUGGACCUAAUGGUGAGGUUAUCUGUGAUUUAAAACAUGAUAAGUUUAAACUUGCCAAAAUAGAUUCUAAAGAAUAUAAAAUGAUUGUUAAGGGUCAUCUUGACAGAGAAAUAAGGGACCACUAUAAAGUAUCUAUUGUGUGUCAUGACAUGGGGUCACCUCAACUAGAAAGUAAAAAAUAUUUCUCUGUCAAAGUAACUGAUGUCAAUGAUGUAGAACCACAUUUUACCAAAGAGGCAUUCCAAUUCCUCACCUAUGAAAACCAGAAAGUUGACUUCCCUAUUGGCUUCAUCAAUGCUACUGACCCUGAUCUUGGAGAUGGAGGCCAACUUACAUAUUCUAUCAUCAAUGAUAACAACAAUGAUAACAUUCCUUUCCAACUGACAAAAUAUGGAUUCAUUUCUACAUCACAACCAAUAGAUCGAGAAAUGAAAGACAUCUAUAAGUUCAAGGUUUUAGUGAAAGAUAAUGGAACACCUUCUCUCAAUGACACUGCCAAUAUUGUUAUUGAGAUUCUAGAUAAAAAUGAUAAUGCUCCGUAUUUUACGUUUCCUAAUAAUGACCCUUACAAUCUCGAUGUCCACUACCAUCCACACAGUAAGAAGGACAUCACAAUUCUGAGAGCAUCUGACAAAGACACUGGAAACAAUGCUUUCCUCACAUAUGGAAUACUGAGAUCCAAUGAUAAAAACCUGUUUACAGUGAACUCACACACUGGUGUGUUAUCUUUCUCUCGCACAGUUUACCAAAAUGAUGCAGGAACAUAUGAGCUGCAGUUUAUAGUGAAAGACGGUGGUACUCCAGUUCAAUCAGCAACAACUGCUAUCAUACUAACACUGUUGUUAGUAAUG